UUUGGAUUUAAGCCAUUAACUUAAUGGAGUUUUCGUAUUUCAAUCUUCACAGGGAGAACAAGGGUAAAACUAUGAUGUGUUUACCCUUUUUAAAGAAUUGAUUUUUUUCGUUGAAAUGUUCGUUGUUACGAUGUCAUCAAUGUCAUUCCGCCCGCUCGCGUGACAUUCACCUGCUUGCUCUAGGUAUUACAGUUAUUACAUUUAUUCCAUAACACUAUAUCCUUCUUCUUCUACAGAAUUCAUCACAUUAUCAAACUGUUCAAUGUGUAGUUAAAGCUUAAGAAAUGAACUUUUUGCCGUUUAAAGAUCUUAAAGAGUGAACAUGUCCACCUGUUUAAUAGUCACUUAAAACAAAUCUUCAUCUGUUAUCCCACCCAAGUCCCGCUAUCUACCAUUCCACGAGCGCUCACUCAAUGGCGGUGACCAUAGGUCAGGUAACAAGAGAUAUAAAGGCUCCCCGUACACGCUCAAAGCUCUCAUUUGCAGCAAAACACUGCGAAGUGCAAGACCCAGCUAGACCACUUAUUGCAUAAGCGAGCCGUGAAACGCGACGUUGCACUAGACCCUACACCAGUGAGCCGGCAGAGCGUGUGUACUAUAUUCAGAGUGCUGAAAGAGACGCUUAAGCAACUGAUUGCUAUUCGCAGAGGUGUUAGCUCAGCGGAUCUGUCUCGUGUACGGAACGCGUAAAUAUCAUCAUCAACAGCAGUCAGUCAACCUGUGCGGAGACUCAAUCAUGAAAGUAAAAGAAGAGAAGUUCGACUUUGAGUAUUGCCCCGAGGACCACGAUGCAACCUCACUAUCGUCAGGCUCUGAUCAGACCGAGCUCUCGCCACCACCGAACGAUAUAGACGCGGACAGUGCAGAGAGUGGAGAGAGCGGCCAAAACGGCACGCAGCAGAAGAAGCGAAAGAGGCGCAGAAAGCGAAUGCUUACAGGCGUCAGUAGGCAGCGGCGUGCGGCGAACGAGCGUGAAAGAAGGCGCAUUCAGGGGGUAAAUAGAGCUUUUGUUGAGUUGAAAAACUCCCUGCCAGUAUCACACAUGGACAUAUCCAAAAUUGAUAUCUUACGAGUGGCAGCGCAGUGGAUAGAUCACCUAAGUGAGCUGUUGCAUCAGGACGACCAAGCGAAGUCAGAGGCAGGUGACUUCACCAGGCUGUCUUCAAGAUUGUACGAAGACCACGACUUGUACAGAUUGCUAGAGAAUGGUGCCUUAACCAGCGAGGAUGACGACCUACUUGACGACUUCCUACAAAUUGAUGAGUGCAUCGACAGUUCUAUUACGUCUGGCAUUGCGGAUAGAUUCACUACGGCUGAUAGUUGGACCACAUGGCAGCAACCGAGUGGAGGUAGCAGUGGACUUUGUAUUCACACGGAAGAACCAUACCUACAGUCGCUCCUUUACGACAAUGCUAUCACAGCAAACUACUUGAGCUCGCCGCUGGUGGACCUGGCGGAUCACCUGUAAUCCCGACUACUUGAUAAGAUAACAGGGAACUCAAGCAACGACCACGGCAACCAUGAUCCGAAAUACUUUCAGGCUUCGCGGUCAAUUCUUGACUAUUCUCCAAAUGAACUGUUUUUUUUUUUUUUUUUAUAAACCGAAAAAGUAAAUAUAAGUCUAAGACCAUAUUUCUUUCAUAGCAAACAAUGAUAUAUUAUUGUGAACAAGAUUCCGUCCUUGCUAGUCGGUGGAUGGGGUUAGGAUAUCGUCAGGGAAACGGUUGAAAGUACAAAAAAAGAUCUGGCUCUUUGGAUUGUCCAUUGUGCUUUGGCGUUGCCGUUAUUGUUGCUUAAGUUUCGAAUAGCUAGGCAGGGCGAGGAAAGGUUCGCGCAUAUGACGUUAAUUAUAAUGUAAUUUAUGGUUAUUUAGAAGAGACGUUUCUUAAGGUCAAUAAUGCUUUUAUUGCAGUAGAACGCGUCAUUAGAAGUGCGUUAGAAUAUUACACAGUUAUAGGAGUUCUCAACACAUAUCGACAUACACACGCAGUUAAGAUAAAGGAUCGUUAUAAGUUUAUAACAAGUUUAUGUACUUUUAGAAGUAGCCUGCUAGCCAGCUCUUAUCCAGAGUCAUUUGGAAAUGUUUUAUUCUUAAAUAUCAGGAAUCGUGUUGCACGCGCGAUGCCCGAGGUGGACUGGGGCGACGGUGCAAAGAAAUCACCAUUUUCGAAUAACCCCGAAUAAGAGCUGGCAACCAGGCUGUUGUAGAAAGGACCAAUUACUUGAUGUGUGAUAGGGGGUCCAGUUAAACCAGCCUCUUGAUUAAGAUCGUUAGUAGACGUGUGCCAAAAAAAUAAUGAUCACAACGAGAAAAAAAGGCCAAGGAAAGAGGCAACUAACUCCCCGUCAGAUAUGAAUUGAUUGGAGCCUAGACUACUACCAUAGUAUCUUACAUGCAAUAAUAUGUACAGGGGGUGACGGUGUGUUUUCUGCCUGUGCCAUACCACCGCUAUUUUGGUCACAUUCUUAAUAUAUACGCUAUGCACUCCACAAACUCAGAGGGGCUGCUUUUAGGUUAGGAGAGAUUGAGCAUUUGUUUUGCGCUACAAUUGCGCUAUUUCUGAUUGAAAAUAAAUCCCGCCAUAACGACAGUAGGCCUCUCGCCUACACAUGCCUACCUUAGAUUUUUAACGCUGUCCAAAGUUAUUGCAUAUUUUAAGAAUCUCGAACUUUUUACAAAAAAUAAAAUCAAUACUAAAUAUCUUUUAUAAAAGGUCUUAGACUAUAAAAAGAGUUUUUUUAAUCCCGAACGUGAAUCGGAUUACAUAGAUCAAAGGAAAUUGAUCCCGCAUAAGUGUAGGGUAGAGUAGUAAGAUGAUUAUAAUUAAUUAGAAACAGUUCAACAAGAGCUCUCGCAGGUGAGAGGCUCGAUGCAGGUCAAAAAUAAAUACAGUUUACGAUAAAA